AUGGCUGCAAAGAAGGUUAUAGCAAUAUGUCAGUCUGGAGGAGACUUUGUGACGGAUAAGGAUGGGAGCUUAUCGUACAGUGGCGGAGACGCGUAUGCGGUUGACAUUGAUCAGCAAACGCUGCUGAGUGAUUUUAAGUCGGAGAUAGCGGAGAUGUUUAGCUGUAAUGCUGAUACAAUGUCGCUCAAGUAUUUCCUUCCAGGAAAUAAGAGGACUCUGAUUACGAUUUCUAAAGACAAGGACUUGCAGCGGAUGGUCAAUUUCCUGGGGGAUUCGGUCAAUGUUGAUGUUUUUGUGAUAUCGGAGGAAACUGCUGCUCGAAAUACAUCCAACAUGCCUGCUAGUAGGUCAAGCAGGACAACUGUGUCAGAAGCAGUAGUUCCUGUUGCCGAGCAGCUUGGAAUUGUUGAUGUGCCGGUUGAUACUAGCAUUGCCAUUGAUCAAAUGGAUACAAAACCACCCCAUGAGAUACCUAUGUGUUCUUUUCCCAGUUCUUCCCAUGAUGAAAAGCAUCAAAAAGCUGCACAACAGUGGGAAAACACCAUCACUGGAGUGGACCAACGAUUUAAUAGUUUCAGUGAAUUCAGAGAAGCGUUGCAUAAGUAUUCAAUUGCACAUGGGUUCGCUUAUAGAUAUAAGAAGAAUGACAGUCAUCGUGUCACUGUGAAAUGCAAAUCCCAAGGUUGCCCAUGGAGGAUAUAUGCAUCAAGGUUGGCCACUACACAGUUAAUUUGUAUCAAGAAAAUGAACACUGAUCAUACAUGUGAAGGGGCCGCUGUGAAAGCUGGAUAUCGGGCAACUAGAGGUUGGGUGGGAAGUAUCAUAAAGGAGAAAUUAAAAGUUUCCCCAAACUACAAGCCAAAGGAUAUAGCUGAUGACAUCAAGCGAGAAUAUGGCAUUCAGUUGAACUAUUCUCAGGCAUGGCGUGCGAAAGAGAUUGCGAGGGAACAGCUUCAAGGUUCCUAUAAAGAGGCCUAUAAUCAGUUGCCGUAUUUUUGUGAGAAGAUAAAGGAAACUAAUCCAGGGAGUGUUGCUACAUUUGCCACUAAGGAGGACUCAAGCUUCCAUCGCUUCUUUGUAUCUUUCCAUGCAUCAAUAUCCGGUUUCCAACAAGGUUGCCGCCCUCUCCUUUUCCUUGAUAGCACUCCCUUGAACUCAAAAUAUCAAGGGGAUUUGUUGUCAGCAACAGCUGCAGAUGGUGAUGAUGGUAUCUUUCCUGUAGCAUUUGCUGUCGUGGAUGCUGAGACUAGUGAAAACUGGCAUUGGUUCUUAUUAGAACUUAAAUCUGCAGUGUCAUCAUCUCAGCCGAUUACAUUUGUUGCAGAUUUUCAGAAUGGUUUGAAAGAGUCAUUGGCGGAGGUAUUUGAUAAAUGCUACCACUGCUUUUGUUUGAGGCAUCUUGCUGAGAAACUGAACAAGGACGUGAAGGGGCAAUUUUCUCACGAGGCAAGACGGUUUUUGAUUAAUGAUUUUUAUUCUGCUGCUUAUGCACCUAAACUGGAGGAUUUCCAGCGUAGUGCUGCAAAUAUUAAAAGUAUUUCACCUGAUGCAUACAAUUGGGUUGUACAAAGUGGCCCAGAGCACUGGGCUAAUGCGUUCAAUUUAGGCACCAGGUACAACCACAUGACUUCAAACUUUGGACAGCAGUUCUAUAGUUGGGUCUCAGAAGCACAUGAGUUACCAAUUACACAGAUGAUUGAUGUGUUACGAGGUAAGAUGAUGGAAACAAUCUAUUCGAGAAGGGUAGAGUCCAACCAAUGGGUGACAAGAUUAACACCAUCGAAGGAAGAAAAGCUUCAACUAGAAAUGGAAACUGCUAGAUCACUUCAAGUGUUACUCUCACACGGUAGCACAUUUGAGGUUCGUGGAGACUCUGUUGAUACCGUUGAUAUCGACCAUUGGAAUUGUUCCUGUAAGGGAUGGCAACUUACUGGUCUGCCUUGCUGCCAUGCCAUUGCAGUAUUUGAAUGCAUUGGUAGGAACUCAUAUGAUUACUGCUCCAGAUACUUCACAGUUGAGAGUUACCGUUUAACAUAUGCAGAAUCAAUUAAUCCUGUUCCGAAUGUAGACAGGCCUCUAGCAAUCCCAGGUUCUGAAUCAAGCAAGGCAGUGGCAGGGGUUACCGUUACCCCACCACCAACCAAACGGCCGCCAGGGCGGCCGAAGCUGAAGUCAGCCGAAACAAUAGACAUAAUAAAACGCCAGCUCCAGUGCAGCAAGUGCAAGGGCCUUGGCCACAAUAAGAAGACAUGUAAAGACCCUAGUGUUAUCUUAGAACUUCCGGGGUAG